AACCACCACUUCGAUACCCGUGUCACAUAACCGUAUCUUGGUUAGCUUCGAUCUAGAUUCACCUUAAACACAUAUUCAACAUGGCCCCCCUCAAAGGACCAGGCGCCCCCAAGACGUACGACGGCUCUGGCCUGCGCAUCGGCAUCAUCCACGCACGAUGGAACACGAAGCUCAUCGACGCGCUGCUCGACGGCACGAAGAAGGCGCUUGCUGACGCCGGCGUCAAGGAAGACAACAUUGUCAUUCAGAGCGUGCCAGGAAGCUACGAGCUGCCCUAUGCCGUGAAGCAACUCUACUCCGCCUCCCAAGUCCAGUCGUCGUCCACAGGCAUCGUAGGCGCCGCCGCCGACCUCCUGGGCUCCACCUCGGACCUCUCCUCGCUGUCCCUCGCGCCCAAGCCCGCGACCGCCACGUCGCCCUUUGACGCUAUCAUCGCUAUCGGUGUUCUUAUCAAGGGCGAGACAAUGCAUUUCGAGUACAUUGCUGAUGCGGUCAGUCACGGACUGAUGCGGUUGCAGCUCGAGGGGAAUGUGCCGGUCAUUUUUGGCCUGUUGACGCUGUUGAGUGAGGAGCAGGGGCUGAAUCGCGCGGGGAUUGCGGGCAAGGGCGGGGAUGAGGGGCAUAAUCAUGGGUUGGAUUGGGGGAGUGCGGCGGUGGAGUUGGGGGUUAAGAGGAAGGGGUGGGUUGAGGGAAAGUAUGUGGAUUGAAGGGAUGUCAAGGUGGACUGGUUGUACGGACACAAGCAAAUGAUUGCUAGAUGACCGUUCUGUUGCUCUCUUUUCGUCGUGCACGAAACAGGCUCUUCAUGACAGCCCAAUUGUGUCACACAUUCUGUCAGAUUUCCCUGUACUACGAUAGUUGCGUGUUCUAUCGGGGACCGGAUAUUUAACCCUCAAAUAUUCCCAAAACUUUAAUUCAGCAUGCGCUGCUGCUCAGAACUACCG